CCCAGGGUGAGGAGAAGGAGGAGGAGGUGGAGGAGGAGGAGGAGAAGGGUUUGGUUGACUUGCAGCUGUUUGUCUGUUCGACACUGGCUCGGGCCCGAUUGGGUAGACAGAGGCUUAGGACUGCUGAGAAGCUGGGAAGCCCCCUUCCCCUCCCCCCCUUCCCCAUCCCCACCCCACCCCACCCUAAUAUUUGACCAUGACAAGCAGAGGCACAGCUCGGCCCAAUGGCCAGCCCCAGGCCAGCAAGAUCUGCCAAUUUAAACUUGUCCUGCUGGGGGAGUCGGCAGUAGGCAAAUCUAGUUUAGUGCUUCGAUUCGUCAAGGGGCAAUUCCAUGAAUACCAGGAGAGCACCAUUGGAGCUGCCUUCCUCACACAGUCGGUCUGUCUGGAUGACACAACAGUCAAGUUUGAAAUCUGGGACACAGCAGGACAGGAACGAUACCAUAGCUUGGCACCUAUGUACUACCGGGGUGCCCAGGCUGCCAUUGUGGUCUAUGAUAUCACUAAUCAGGAAACCUUUGCCCGAGCAAAAACAUGGGUGAAAGAACUACAGCGACAAGCCAGUCCCAGCAUCGUCAUUGCCCUGGCAGGAAACAAGGCUGACUUGGCCAACAAGCGCAUGGUGGAGUAUGAAGAAGCCCAGGCAUAUGCAGAUGACAACAGCUUAUUGUUUAUGGAGACGUCGGCCAAGACAGCCAUGAAUGUGAAUGACCUCUUCUUGGCUAUAGCUAAGAAAUUGCCCAAGAGCGAACCUCAGAACGUGGGGGGUGCAGCAGGCCGAAGCCGGGGUGUGGAUCUCCAUGAGCAGUCGCAGCAGAACAAGAGCCAGUGUUGUAGCAACUGAUGGGGUGGCUGGCAGCAAAUGAGUGUGGAGCAAGCCCGAGAGCUAAGACAUAACUGCAGUCCCCACCCCUCAGCACACUGAGCCCUGGCUCCCAAAGGCCGCCUCCCAACAGCUCCGUCAUGACACUUGUUAAUGCUUCAGCAACCAACAACAGGCAGCUGUUGCCACCGGCCUCCCACCCUCUGCCCUGGGGCUUAAGGGGGUGCUUAGUUCCCCCUGGAACUUACCUUCCAAAACAAACUUUCUUCACUUUGUAUUAUAGGUGCAAGACAAUAACCUACUUAUCUAUCUUUCUCUUCCCAUCCUUUGUCCCCAUGUCUUCAGAUAACAUUUUUGUCACUUGCUCCUUCUGCUUUCCAUCAAUAACUGGUUUUGGUCCCUUUCCCCACCUUGAUGUUCCCCUCUCCCCAAGGUUGGAGAGGUGAACUUGAGAUAUGAGAAGGGGUUAACAGCACAUCCACAUUGGUAACCUGGGGGGCGAGGGGGAUAGGAGUAAGGGUCUGGCAGGAAAACAGCUCCUUUUUUGUCCCACAUUUGAAGAAAGCUGCAGUAUCCAUGAUCCUCUUCCUCUACCCCAGGUGAGUGGAUGGGGAACUUCUGGGCAAAGAUAAGAAUAGGGAGAAGAGUGUGCAGGGUCAUGCUGAGUUAGUUAACCUGGGCAGAGGAAAAGGCUUAGGGCUCCUCGUGAGCUUGGUAGUUCUUUCUCUGCCUUUUUUUCCCCUUGGCCUUUGGGGGCUCUUCCCCCCAUGGUGAUUCAGCCCCAGGGUCUUCCAAAGAACCGUUCUUGGGUGCCUUUUUCUUGGCUCUGCUGUGGUCUAGUUGGAGGAGGGACCAGUCUCUGAUACCCAUCCUCUGAUUGAUAUACAUAUAGAAUUGUUUUCCUCAUUGGCCUCAGCCCCAUCACCUGUUCUCUCCCAACCCUGGGCAUGGCCUGUCUAUCACUGCGGUUUGCACUUUAGUUUUGAUGGUUUGUUUAUUUGGGAUGCUUAUUUUAUGGGGUUUUUAACGCACACACCUUUUUUUUUUUUAAACUACAUGGAAAGUGAGGUGUAUAUGAGGUCUGUGGGGUGGGUGAGAAAGGGCAGUGGCAGCUACCCAAGCCAAACCCUCUCUCCUCAACCCUACUCCCAAACUUUGAUUCCUCUCUACCUUGUCCACUCCUCAACCCUUCACUGUGCUUAAGACCUUAAUACUCUGAAGACCCUGUGGGGAGACUUGAGAUUGAAGAGUGCUCAAGGUAGCACAGGCCAAGGUAGAGGUUAAGGGGCAUGUCCUAGGCAAAAGGGGAGGACAACUACCUUUCCCUCAAAUGGGAGUCACUCAUUUUGAUGCCCUGUCCCUGUUGUCUUUUCUCCAUCCCUGUACAUAGGUAUGAUGAGCUCUUUCCCCAUUGUAGUCUGUCAUGCCAUUUGGCUUCUGAACAGGCCCCAGUUAGCCUGUCUCUUCUGUCAGGAUCCCUAGCCUUCACCUUCCACCCCUACUCCUUUGGUUUAUUCUUCAACAUCCCACUCCUGAGGGAGAAUGACAUGUCAUUCUUUCUAUUCUACCCCAUUUAUAUAUAUUCCUAGGAGCUAUGGCCCCCAUAUCCUGCUCUCUUGUCACUACUCCCUCCACGGGGGUGUGAGCCACAAAGUCCUGGUUGUAGUCCCACAGACCAUACUAGCUGCUCUUCUGGCCAGUGAAGUAGCUGGUGUCAAGCGUUUCUUCACAAUUGUAUUACUCCAUCAAGAUCGAUUAACACUUGCUGUGUCCAGAAUAUAACUCUCUGAGGUGAAGGUAGGUGGGGAAGGGCCUAGACUUAAGGUAUUUGGGGAAACCUGUCAAGGGAGCCAGUUCUAGGAGAAGGGAGAAGAUUACUGUGGCUCUAGAUUUCAUCAUUAGGAAUGUGGUCAGAUAUUUAGGAGAAAGUUAUACAGGACCGUGGUCCUCCUGGGUCCCAGGGUUUAGAGCCCUACCUGUUUUCCUGGCCCACAGACACUUGAACUGCCUUACCUAUCUCAAACACGUACACAUACCAAAAAAGAAAAAAAGCUAUGAAAUUUAUAACCCUAUGAUCUUGUUGGACUCAUCUUAGACCCUUCAGCUGAGCUUCUCCCAAUGGCAUCCUUAAUUUCCCAGGGGCCUGGUAGAUUCUUUUUCCUUCCUUUCAGGUUGCCAUCAAUUCAUGAGACACUCAGCAUUCUUCAGAGAAGCUGAGGAGCUAGGAGAAUCUCUGGGUCUCUGCAUAUUUGUGUGUCUGUCCCAUGGGGUGAAGGUAUCUCUUUGCCUUGGGAUUGGAGUCUGUUCACCAGAAGAAUCUCUUCUUUGCCUCUCCCCCCACCCCCCAACACGCAAGGAACAGGAUUGGCCUUAGCUUCUUUGGCUUGUCUACUGCCUUCCCUCUACUUCCAAUCCCAUCCAUCCAACCUUUUUUGCUUGCCUCUGGGCUCAGUGAGACUAGCUUUACUGGGCUUUGGGAGUUUUUUUAAUUUUUCUGCUUUUUUUCCCUGAUCAAUUGUUUUUAUGGGGUUUUUUGAGACUUUUUUUUUUUGCUUCCAAGAAACCAUUUGUCUUUUCUCCCUUUCCCUUCCUUAAAUAUAACAAUCGUGGUAACAGAAUGCACCUGCUGAUUUACCAAUGUAUUUAAUGUAAGUAAAAAAGAAAAGAGGGAAAAAAAGAGGAAAAAAGUGUGUAUUAGUGUUUGUUUCCUGCUGUUUUUCUAGCUGAAGCUAGAUGUUGGGAAAGGAGGGGGCAACACCAUUGAAUCAAAACACCUAGUUUGAUUCCAUCUUCCAGCUCCUCCAGGGCAUUGAAGGGGGCUUCAAGAAGAGCCAAAGUUACUGUUUUGGCUUUUUUGAUAGGGACAUUUAUUUCUGAUUUCUUUUUAAUUUUUUUUUUUGUGAGGCAAUUGGGGUUAAGUGACUUGCCCAGGGUCACACAGCUAGUGAGUGUUAAGUGUCUGAGGUCAGAUUUGAACUCAGGUCCUCCUGACUCCAGGGCCGGUGCUCUAUUCACUGUGCCACCUAGCUGCUCCUGGGCCAUUUAUUUCUAAAGGAGCAAAUCACUCAUAAGGUUAUCAGAUCCCUUUGGAGUUCCUCCAGUCAGCUUCUAACCUUUUUUGUGUGUCAUGGUCCCCUUUUACAGUCUGGUGAAAGCUAUAGCCCCCUUCUCAGGUAAUUUUUUUAAAACUCAAAAUCAAAGGACAUGCAAAAUUUUCAGUUAAAAUUUGGUGAAAAUAAAGUAAAAAAUUUCCUAUCCCAGUUCAUGGACCCCUUGUGAAACCUAGGUCUCCUCAGAUGUGGAUUAUCUUUCCCUCCUUUUACAGCUAUUUCCUAUGCCAAAAAAACCCAAAAAAAAAACAGGAUAGGAGGCAGGGUUUCUGCAUGCCCAAGGAAUAGAAAGUGGAAGAGCAGCAGGAACCCUUUUUUCUCCCUGUGCUGAGGUAUCAGCCUUGCUCUAAUUAGUAUGUCAGUAAGACAUGUGGGGAUCAGGUCUCCUGAACCACUAGUUUGUGUGGAAAUCUAGUUUGAUACUACUUCAGAGCUUUUAUUAUACUCUCUGACUCGGUUUACUACACCCAGGCCUUUGAUACUGCAGUCAGUACUGCCAGGACCCCCUUAUUCACAAUUCACAUUAACCAUCUAGAUCUUGUUCUUUCCACCAGUCAGGUUCUUUCUGUUAAGAAUGAAAAGAAAGGGAGCAUGAUUGAAGCAGUCUGACUGUAAUGUUGUAGUAGGGUCAUCCUGCCACUGGGGGGCGGUGUGGGAAUGUCACAAGACACAAGACCCCCAAACUGCAGGUUAACCCAUAGAUUUCAUUUCCACUCUCUUUUGUCAGGACCUGGGGAUAUGAGAAUCCUUUCUUGACCUCGAUUCCAUAUCCUCAAGGGGCAAACUGUCACAGAAGGGAGGCGUCAUCGGUAAGAAGGCAAAAGCAGGAGCUACCACUUUUUAAAAUGACAUGGUAUUGAAGUUGCUGGUUAGAGAACUUAAUAGCUCACUGGCUCAAUUCAACACACGCUGUGCCCAAUUGCAAGGUACAUCGCUAAAUAGUGGAGAUUAAAGACAAAAAUUAAAUCCUGUUUAAAUUCUACUUCAAUGCCUGGGUCGUGCAGGAGAAGCAGAGUAUUGGAUUUCAACUUGUUUCCUUCUGGUUCAUGGGUUUUGGGUAUGGUGAGGGAGAAUAGCUGCCAAAAUUACCUUCUGAAAUCAUGUGUGACCAUACCAUUGAUCUCAAAUCUAUCUCUAGCUUCCUUUUCUAGCCUUGAUUUAGUUAUCCCUCUGCCCCUUACAUUUCUACCCAAACUGGACAUACCACAUUCUUCUGUGGAUUCUCCCAGGAACGCAUGCCCUCCAUCCUGGAAGAUAAGAAUCUUCCGUCAAGCCUUAGCUCAGACUUCACCUCCUUCCCUGUACCUUUCAGCUCUUAAGUGUUCUCAUCCUCGUGUUUUCCUAGAACACCGGAUCUCUCUUUUGCCUCUAUCACUCCCUACCCCUUAUAUAUGUAUAUUGAUACCUAUGACGUAUCAGAACAAAGGAAGGUCCCUAGGCACAUUUGGUGGUCCCCUGUGACUGAUUUAGGAGAGGAUUUGGAGUGUCAAUGGCUGAGUUACCAACAGCAUUGUUGGAGGAAAUAACCCAAAUCGAUGAGUUCACAGAUCGAUUUGUCUUGGAGCUCACGUGUAUCCUUUUCAAUAGAAUGUAAGCUUCUGGGAGGCAGGAACCUUGUUUUUCUUUUUGUAUGCUCAGCGCCAAGCACAAUACCUUGCACCUGGUAGACGCUUAAUAAAUAUUUCUUGAAUGUUG